UCGAGUAAACGACUACGUCCUCUCGAAUCUGCAAAUCUGCUAUUCCCUGAAACUGGGCAAAUUGAAAUUCCAAAUCCUAAAACCCUAAUCUCAAAUUUGAGAAAUUAGUGAUGGAAGCAAAUAGAGAGAAGUAUGCUGCUGAUAUAUCUUCCAUUAAGGAAGCUCAUGAGCGUAUUAAGCCGUUUAUACAUAGAACUCCGGUGUUAACAUCUGAAUCGUUGAAUUUAAUCUCUGGAAGAAGUUUGUUCUUUAAGUGUGAGUGCUUUCAGAAAGGUGGAGCUUUCAAAUUCCGUGGAGCGUGCAACGCUGUUUUGUCGCUUGAUGCUGAACAAGCAGCCAAAGGUGUUGUAACACACAGCAGUGGUAACCAUGCUGCUGCGUUGUCUUUGGCUGCGAAGCUUCAGGGAAUCCCGGCAUAUAUUGUUGUACCAAAAGGUGCUCCAAAGUGCAAAGUUGAUAAUGUGAUCCGGUAUGGUGGUAAGGUUAUAUGGAGUGAAUCAACGAUGUCUUCUAGAGAGACAGUAGCUGCAAAAGUUUUGCAGGAAACAGGUUCAGUUCUGAUCCACCCUUAUAAUAAUGGACGCAUUAUAAGUGGUCAGGGUACAAUUGCAUUGGAACUGCUCGAGCAGAUCCAAGAGAUUGACGCUAUAGUUGUGCCGAUAAGCGGGGGUGGUUUGAUAUCUGGUGUGGCUCUUGCUGCCAAAUCAAUUAAGCCUAGCAUUCGGAUUAUAGCCGCUGAACCAAAAGGAGCCGAUGAUGCGGCUAAGUCUAAGGUUGCGGGUAAAAUCAUCACUUUACCUGUGACCAAUACCAUAGCGGAUGGCCUUCGAGCUUCUCUUGGAGAUUUAACCUGGCCGGUUGUCAGAGAUCUAGUAGACGAUGUGAUAACCUUGGAAGAUUGCGAAAUAAUCGAAGCCAUGAGAAUGUGCUAUGAGAUACUGAAGGUCUCUGUGGAACCAAGUGGGGCUAUUGGUCUAGCAGCAGUAUUAUCAAACAGUUUCCGUAACAAUCAAUCUUGGCGUGAUUGCAAAAACAUAGGAAUUGUACUCUCAGGAGGUAAUGUUGAUUUGGGCUCUCUAUGGGAUUCAUUUAAGUGUUCAAAGUAAACACCUUUGCUUAUUGCAUUUGUUUCACUACUUCCUUAGAUAUCAAUGAGAAUUGUUGUAUGCUCCACUGCUUCAUUAUUAUCCAUUAAGUUAUUGAUCUUAUGAUUA